AACGCAUAUCAUUCCUCAGAAGCGACACACUCGGCACCACGCGCUCUUUCACUUCCGCUUCCGCUUGCUCCCCGGGCUAAUGGAUAACUAGUUACAGGGAGUACCCCCGGGUAAUUCUCGCCAUCACUCCUUUUCCAAUCGAAACCUGUCUUCAACGAGAAAUUAUGUCAUGGAUAGAAUCCCGUUAAUCAUCGAACGUAUGUAUAUGUACAUGUACAUGUACAUGUAUGUACAUAUAUCGAAAGAACAGAUGAGGAAUCAGUCCGCACCCGGAACUACAUGAGGUUUUUUUUUUAUUUCUUUUUUAUUUCUUUUCUUCUUUUUGGCGGUAACUUCUUCACUUCAUACAUAGGUUACCGCUGAUUAAGAGAGUCCCAUCCUUCGCAAACUCCGAACUAUCUCCCUCACAGAUACGAAACUACAUAGUUCUAGAUUCAUCUGCUGGCCAAAUUGUUUGUUCAUUUCUCCUCUGUCAUCAUGAGAAGCUCCCCCGCCUUUUCUCUGUUUUGGCUGGCUGUCCGAAACUACACCGCCGGUUAAAUAAUACAGAUGACUGGCGCAUCAUCUUCGGGCUAGAACGAUCGAACCCCUCAGGACGAAGGAUUCUGUUAGUGCGCACUGCAUUUGGUCUCAUUCCGUUGAUAGAAGCCUCAGGUAUUGAAGAUUAAACGGAGGCCAUAUAUCGAUUCGUAGCAUGUAGUUGUAGUAUGUAGGUGGGAAACCAAAAGCUCGAGUAACUGACCCGAAUAAUGCUGCUAUAAGUAAGGAUGUUACAGCCCUUAAUAUCAACUCAACCAUGUCCAUCGACUUACUCCUUGGUAGGCACCUUUGGCUCCCAAUCCAUUGUCUAUAAAAUUCUCACGUCUUUUGCAUGCUGUCAGUUAGAAGAUUUGAAUUCACCAAUCAAUCCACAUACAUCCCGCAAAUAUACCCCGAUAGUCAUGGUAGGAAAGGCUUAUGGGAUGUCAAAGAGUCGAAAUAGUUAUGACUACAUAUCAAAACAACAGUAAAAACGAUGGUUUGGAAUAGAGCCAUAUCACAUGACUUCCAAACCCUAGCCCUAACGCCAAGAGUUCCGAUCCCACAGCGGCUCUUUCCCAGCCCGCGCGAUCUCAACCUCCGCCUCGGACAGAAAAAAAUAAAAUAAAAAAAAGAUAAAGCCAGCUCCAGCUCCAGCUCCGACAACAACACCAAUCCCGCAGGAUAUCGACCUCUUUGCGGCUACAUUUACCCUCACCCUCUUCUCACCCUCCGCUAAUUCAAAAUGGCUCCCCAAUCUGCCCGCAAGCCUCAAAAGGUGACGAAGAAGUACAUCAUCAACUGCUCCCAACCAGCCAAUGACAAGAUCUUCGACGUCUCCGCCUUCGAGAAGUUCCUCCACGACCGCGUCAAGGUUGAGGGCCGCGUCGGCAACCUCGGCGACUCCGUCCAGAUCUCCCAGACUGGCGAUGGAAAGAUCGAGGUCGUCGCGCACAUUCCUUUCUCCGGACGCUAUCUGAAGUACCUGACGAAGAAAUUCCUCAAGAAGCAGCAGCUCCGCGACUGGCUGCGCGUCGUCUCCACUGCCAAGGGUGUCUAUGAGCUCCGGUUCUACAACGUUGUCGGCGACGAGGCGGAUGAGGAUGAGGAUUAGAUUUGAGGGACCUAAAAUUUGAAAAAGGAAAGGAUGUGAUUUAACGCAGGGAUUAUUUUAUUUUAUUUUGAUGGAAUGUCUACGAUGAUUCUCUACAUCAUUUUUUUUUCAUUAGCUUUAUCCCCUCAGUUAGAUGAUCGAUGAUGAUAGGGAUUCUCCGUGAGAUUUUCAGGAAAUCAUAAAAACUAUAUUCCCCGCGCUAUGGUUUCAUAGAACAUUUCCGAAUGUGUUCCGCUCUCCAUUUAAUACUGUGCGUACUUCUGUAAAUUGAUCGUAGUGAGGUCAAUCUCGCAUCCAGCGUGUUGGAAGGUGGAGUCGUGGUGCGUACAACGCACCAAGCCCGAUAACAUGUGCGGAUGGGUGUUCUGUCUCGCACAGGAAUAAGGGUUUUUAGUAAUAAAAGGUAAACAGAACAUGAUGUUGAAGUUGUAAAUCUAGGAGGGAGAGACGAGAAAGAUGGCAUGUCGAUUUAAAAACAAUGGCAAAAUUCAGCCGAAACCAGACUAGAAAUAUAAAUCUCAGGCCAUCUAUCUAUUGUUGAAAAUGUUGUAGAAAAAAAGGGCGGGAGGAAGAGAUUUUACAUCUGAUUUCCAGGGAUAGCCACCCCUUCCUCGCCUUCUUUCCUUUUCGUCCCCGCCCCACGACCCAAAACACCACUACCACCACUACCACCAC